AUGGCGGACAAUAUACCCGUCGAGCUGGUCCCACCCUCAAGGGGAGAAAAAGAAGGGGGAAAAGAAGAUAGAAUUGGACAAGACUCCAUCACGCAUUCAAAACCGGAGCCCGAUCUCCAGUCGCCUGCCCAGCCUGGGAAAGAAGCCAAGGUGAAGCCCCAGCUGGACGUUCCACCCGAUGGAGGAUACGGUUGGGUCUGUGUUGCAUGCGUCUUUUGGAUCAACGCACACACCUGGGGAAUUAAUAGUAGCUACGGUGUCUUUCUCAGUCAUUAUCUCUCCCAUAAUGUCUUUCCAAAUACGACAGCUCUGUCGUACGCCUUCACCGGUGGAUUGAGCAUCUCGUGUGCGUUACUGGUCGCUCCACUGGCCACGUACCUGAUUCAAAGGUUGGGCACUCGCUUCGUCGUCAACCUGGGCGUCUUUUUCGAAACUCUCUCUCUCAUCGGCUCCUCCUUCGCCACACAGAAAUGGCACAUCUUCCUCAGUCAAGGUGUCUGUUUCGGCUGGGGGAUGGGCUUUCUCUUCGUCGGGAGUGUCGGGAUCACUCCGCAAUGGUUCCUGAAGCGACGGAGUUUCGCCAUGAGCAUCACCGCUGCAGGGUCCGGAUUCGGUGGAUUGAUGUAUUCGCUCGCAGUGGGCGCCAUUAUUCCGCGCUUGGGACUAAGUUGGGCCUUUCGGAUCCUGGGAAUCGUCUCCUGUGUGGUGAAUCUCGUCUGUGGGAACUUGCUUCGCGAUCGAAACAAGCUCGUUGGAAGUCGGCUCGCCGCGUUUCAUGUCCCGCUGCUGCGCAGACCGGAGUUUCUGCUUUUUCUUGCCUGGGGCGUGCUGAGCAUGCUGGGCUACGUCGCGCUGCUGUUCAGCGUGGCGAAUUUUGCCCUUUCAGUCGGGCUGUCCUCGUAUCAGGGGAGUAUCGUGUCUGCGCUUCUCAACUUGGGCCAGGGGCUGGGUCGGCCUAUCGUCGGCAUUUUCAGCGAUCGUCUGGGUCGCAUCAACAUUGCGACAAUUUUGACCUUUGUCUGUGGCCUGUUCUGUCUGGUGAUUUGGGUAUUUGCAGACAGCAUGGGCGUUGUAUGUUUCUUCGCCGUGCUGGUGGGAACUGUCGCGGGCACAUACUGGGCCACUGUAUCGCCCGUAUUGGCUGAGAUCAUCGGGCUGAAGGAUCUUCCUUCGGGAUUAAGCAUUACGUGGCUGAUGCUUGUUGCUCCGUGCACUGUUUCUGAAGCCAUUGCACUUGAGCUUCGCACCACUCGAAUGAACGGGGGCGUUUCAUACCUGCGCGUCCAAAUCUUCACGGGCUUCAUGUAUAUCGGCGCAGCCAUCUGUCUUUGGCUGGUGCGUGGAUGGAAAGUUGGGGAGCUCGAAUGCGCCCAGCUGCAAGAGCAGCGGGCGCAAGAGCUUUUGAAUCGUGAUCAUCCUCUGUCGUACGGCAAAGAGGCAAACCCGGAGAAAGAUGACCAGCCUCCGACCGUCGCUUCUACGACCUCCUCAGAUGUUGCACCCGUGGAACAACAUUGGACGCCUCUCAAACUUGUGCAAAGAAUGGUCACUUUGAAGCAUGUCUAA